AUGCGCAACGCGUGCCGGUCGCCGGAGGACGCGCCGUGGCCGGGUCCGGCGCCGCUGCUGGCGCUGCAGGCGGCCGCCCUGGCGCUCGUGGUGCUGCUCACGGUGCUCGGCAACCUGGUGGUGAUCCUCGCCGUGGCGCAGUCGCCGGCCCUGCGCGCGCCCACGCACGCGCUCAUCGCCAACCUCGCCGUGGCCGACCUGCUGCUGGGCGUGGCCGUGCUGCCGCUGUCCGCCGUCAGGGAGGUGUCGGGCUUCUGGCUGCUCGGCCGCCAGCUGUGCGAGGCGUGGUUGGCGCUGGACGUGCUGUGCUGCACCGCCUCCAUCCUGUCGCUGUGCGGCAUCUCGGUGGACCGCUACGUGGGCGUGUCCCGCCCGCUGGCGUACGCGCGCAUCAUGACGGGCGGCCGCGUGCGCGCCAUGAUCGCCGGCGUGUGGGUGCUGGCGCUCGCCAUCAGCCUGGCGCCGCUGCUGGGCUGGCGCGACGAGACGCCGCCCGCGGCGCUGCAGUGCCACGUCAACAAGCAGCUGGGGUACGUGAUCUUCUCGGCGUGCGGCUCGUUCUACGUGCCGGCGGCGGUGAUCCUGGUGCUGUACGCGCUGGUGUACCGCGCCGCGGCGCGCCACUCGCGCUUCCUGCGGCGCGGCAGCCGCGUCACGCGCGCCGCGGUCACGCUGCGGGUUCACGCCGGCGACCAGACGCAGCGGGUCGCGGGUCCGGAUCGCCCGGCGGGAGGCGCCGCCAGCUUCCGGCGCGAGAAGAAGGCGGCGCAGACGCUGGGCAUCGUGGUGGGAGGCUUCCUGCUGUGCUGGUUCCCCUUCUUCGUGGUGCUGCCGCUAGACGCGGCGUGCGCGGCCUGCGACCUGUCGGGCGCUCCCUUCACCGUCACCUUCUGGCUCGGCUACUGCAACUCGUGCCUGAACCCCUUCAUCUACGCGUGCUGGUCGCGCGAGCUGCGACAGGCCUUCCGCGCCGUGGCGUGCCGGCGGCGGCCCCGCCCCGCGCUCGCCCCGUCCCGCCCCACGGGGUCGGCGGGGAGAGUAGUUGCGCGGAACUGGAGCGCCGCGCCGUCAACCGGCUUCGGCUUAUCAUGAAAAACCACCUGACGUGAUUUUUUGGCAACCAUGGAAAAAAAAAACUGCAGUCAAGAUGACCGUACCAAAAGUUGAAUCUUGGUCCAAUGGACUGUGAAUCCAGGGUAUUAUCACUUUUAUGCUUCCUUGCUUCAUUGAACCUUCUUUCUAAUUGUCUUGGGAGAGGUUUUAUUCAUUGGUUACACUGUAUCUGCUCCUACAUUCAAGGAACACAAAUAAUGCAUGGUAAAAAAAAAAAAAACUUAAAAGUGUUUAACUACAAAUUACAAUGUAGCUCUUAA